AAAUAGAGUACAGUAAUUUAAAAUAUAGAUAAAAUAUGAUAAAAUUAUAUCUUGGAGUCACCCUUGCAAUCUACCCCAAUCAGUCCCACGUAUGCAGGUCUCAACCGAACCAUUUUGUUUAAAUACUGUGCUGCCUUAAAUGUUAUUUUCAAGUUCUGGCCGCACAUAAGGUAAGUUGUUUUGAUAUGGGGAUCCCGGUGAGUCAUUCGUUUGGUAUAUAGACCAAGUUACCUAUUUCUCACCCUCUUGUACAGUCAACAAUCAAAUAGUAUGUGAGCCAGGUCUUCUACCUCUGCCGCUCCGCAAAUGCAGAGACGCUCAUUGUAAGGUAUAGAAUGGAAUCUCCCAUAUCUGACCAUUGUGUCAAGCUGUUCAAAUCUCGCUCGCGUAAAUAUCUGCCUAAGGUGUUUUGGCAGUUGUAACUUCAAAUAGCUGUCUACUUGAAAAGUACACUUGUAUUUACUCAGCCAUUUCAACUUACCCACCUUAUUAAGGAUCGCUACACCAUUUUGUGCUUCUACCUGUACUUUCCAAAACAGAUCUUUUGGUUCUCCAUGGAAGGAGCUGUCUGGGAACAUCAGUGGAAAUGAAUUCAGGAGCACCCAUCGUCUUCUUAAAAUGUUGAUGAGGAUGUUAUCCAUUCAGUUGUGUCUGACACUUGGCAAUUUUAUGGGACAGGUCUCUCCGCUUCUUCCAAUCUUGCACAAUUUCUUUUGAGUUUUUUUCCAGGCAAAGUAGCACCCUACUUAGCCCAGAAUGCUUUCAGGGUUCAAACUCUGGUGUUUUUUUUCAAAACUUGGGAAAGUCAAAAUCAUGGCCGAGUUCCCGACCGGCUCAGAAUCUGCCCGCUCUCUCUUGUUGCUAGGAAGGAAGACUGGACGAGGCAGUGACAAUGAGCAAGCCGGAGUUGACUCAAACAUCCAAGUCCUGGUGACUUCCUCUCUCCGGCCAGGGGCUGCUGAACGUGGGGGAGGGCGUUGAGCAGGCUCCAGCAGGGAACAAAGGGGGCAACUCCCUCCCUCCCGGUUUGCUGGCUCAGAGGUGGUGGAGGGACCCAUCUGGGACUUGUGUCUGGCUGUGGCAGAGAUUUCCUUGUUGCUGCAAGCUAAGAUUGGAAGUCAGGAAGCUGCCGAAAGUGGGCUGCUGUGAAACAGUUGGAGUUUCUAGUGUGCAUGACCCGUGGAGACCAUCAGUUGCAGCCUCUGGGUUCGGUGGUUAUGGAGAAGACAGGAUCUUUGCUUGUGGCUUUCCACAGAGCAGCUACUUCCAACUUAGAUCUGGAUGUGAAGAAGCCUACCCCACCCAAGCUGUUAUGGCAUCAACCAGUCAACAUAUUUUUGGCUCGACCUGUUGGUGUGGAGGACUUGCACCAUGAAGCUGAGCUCAAUCUCCAAAGUUUGCUGCAAGAAGAGUAUGAGGAGCCAUAUUCUGAUGCCAAGAUCAGUGGCCAAACUUUCCGCUAUGCCAGCUCUCCUUCAGUGGACAGGCAUCUCGAGUGUAGCCCUCGCCCUCCACCCAACAAACGCAUGGAGUUCGUCUUCAUGCCUACAAGCCAGCAAGUAAAGGAGAAUGAAACAACGAGCCUGGGGAUAAGAGUGCUGGAGCCUUCGCUUAGCUUGCCUGCUACUCCAGACAAACACACAGCUUGGAUCCAGGGAUCCCCUCUGCCUGCUCUGGAGGAAAAGAGAUUACAACAGCCCUGUUCCACCCAAGCAAACAUCAUCCCCAUCAACGUCUCAGGGCAGCCAUUUGCUCGACACGCCAGCGCACGACACUCCUUGUUCAAUACAGAGACUGCCAUGAAUCCCAAGUCUUUGCUACGCCGAAGACGGACCGUGAUUGGUUUCCCCCACCUCUCUCUACGUGAUCCAGGAAGUAGCAAUGGGCCCAUCGUCAACCCACCAGCCACCAUAGCUGAGUCCAUCUCUUGCAAUUUUGUCCCUGAUGUGGUCAAUGGAAGGAGCUCCACUCGCCAAGCCCGUUCUCCUCAGUCCCGACCACAGCUGAGAAAGACCUUCAGUGAUCUCGGAGGAGUCCUACAGGGACGAGGUUGCCAAAUCCAAGCAAGCCGUGCUGAGAACCCCAAGGUGAUGUAUGCCAGCCCAUUGUGCAAUGGCCCCAAAGAGGACUCCAUCUUCUCUCCUGGUUGCAGCACAUCCUCCUUCUGCUACACCAACUCUUCUGUGAGCCAAAAUGAGGUGGCAGCAGAGAGCGCAUCUCAGAUGUCUCCUUGCACACCCAGGGACACUCCAGAGGCAGAUCAACUUUCUUCCUUCUUCAUUAGCCAAGACAAUAUGGCUGGGGUGAAUGAGUGUGGGAGGUUUUGCACUUCUCCUGAGUCCCCCCUAGAGGCUGAGGGAAGCUCGAGGUGUGGAACAAGAGACGUCAAAGUCCCUGCAGCCCUUGUCAACUCAAGUGAAGAGGAAUCGUCCCAACUGGAGAGGGAGAGAAUCAUGUGCAAAUUCCGUGAGAGGUCACUUUCUGUCCCUACAGACACAGCCUCCCUGUGCUCAGUGGACAUUGGGGGCAGUGAGACCUGUGGCCUUAGUUAUCCCAGUGCCAGUUCGGAGGGGAGCACCAGCACAGACAACAUCUCCCUGGCUCUGGAGCAAGAGGCCCGAAGGCAGCGUCGACAACGAACCAAGAGCAUCUCUCUCAAGAAGGCCAAGAAGAAGCCUUGCCCACCCAUGCGCAGCGUCUCCUUGAUCAAAGAAGGGCAAGUCAGCGAAGCAGAAGUGAGUGGCGAGGCACUGCCCCAGGAUCAGAGACCCAAAAGUCUUUAUUUGCUGCCUGAUGCACAGGUCCACAGCAAAGUCCAAGGUGAUCCAACAAGGGAAUUGGAAAGCAGGCCGUAUGCCCAGCAGGGCUUUAUGCCUGAAUGGAAUUCUGGGGAUCCUUAUUGCUCCUUGUCCGGAUCCAGCACUGCUACUGGGACUACUGUAAUUGAACUGUCCAAGGAACGUGGUAGUUCUGAGUCCCUCCCAUCUCCUUCCGUCUCCCGGGCCACCACCCCAUCUCACCUGUGUGCUGACAUGAGUUUGAAAACCUCUUCCCCGGGGAGGUUGACAGGGCUAAUGUCUCCCUCCAGUGGCUACUCCAGUCAGUCUGAAACGCCAACCCCAACCGUUCCAACAUCCAUGGUUCUGGGUCAUGCUCCUCACCAGAGUGGACGGACAAGGCCCCUUGUGCCGGAGAGGAAGUCCUCCCUACCCCCUGUUUCUCCUAUGGAACGAAGCCCCAAGUCUCGUCUCUCGUUCGACCUGCCCUUUGCCCCACCGACACAUCUGGACCUCUCAGGCUUGAAGAUCUCGCACAAGAGCAAAGCCAAAGUAAGCCGACACCACUCGGAUUCUACCUUUGGAGCCAAGUUGGGCCCGAAGCUGAGUCCGGUGCAGCCAGUUAUGCCAAUGGUGACCCAGCUAGACCUGCGUUCUGUCCGUUUGCGUUCGGUCAGCCGAUCUGAGACUGAGGAUAAUAUGGACGGUCCAGAGCUACUUGAGGAACCUGGCAAGAAAGUCCGGCCCCCAGUGGCAGAAAAGCCACCCCUCUCCCGAAGGCCACCGAUGCUGUUGCAUAAAACGCCACCAGUCCAGGAGGAGUCUCCCGUGAGCUCUCCAACUUCUCCAGCUGCACCCCAAGGAUUGGUCCCUGGGGAGAACGUUUACAUGGUGGCCCAGAGGCCAGACCACCUGUGGGAUGCAGGCACGUGGAGCCCCACAGAAUCCCCUUCUGCUGAGGGGGCAGCUUCUCCCACACAAGGCCCCACAGGGACAUUCUUCUCCACUGCGCGGAGACUCUCUGAGGACAGCUUGGAGGAGGAUGAGCAGAUGAAGGCCAAGGCUCUCGACGAGGUGGUGCCUGGGGGAGAGAGCCGUAAAACUAAAGUCCCACCUCCUGUCCCAAAGAAGCCUAGUGUACUUUACCUGCCUUUGGUGACUUCCCCACGCCAUCCAGGGCCUUGUCCUGGGGAUCAGAGGUUGCCUCCUAGCCCAGUUAUCAUGCUAGAUGAGGAUUCUGCCUACUCAGAACUGACCACCUACCAAGUGCCGUCUCCUGUUGCCAAUGAGGUGAAUGUAAGUCCAACUGCCGCAGACCUAUCAUGGGGUGACAUUUCAGGGAAUUCUGUGGGUUUGAGGAGCAGAGAGAAACACUUCGUAAGCGACAAAACAGCUGAGUCCAUAACUGAGGAAGAUGAUGAUGUUUUUGUGACAACCCGAACCACAGAAGAUUUAUUCACUGUCAUUCACAGAUCCAAGAGGAAGUUGCUGGGAUGGAAGGAACCCAGUGACUCUUUUGGCAACCGACCAAAUUCCCAGAUGCCCAUCAAGAACGCCGCAGGGCUUGUGAUCAAUGAAUGCCCUUCCAGCACAAGCCGAGCCUCGAGCAGAAAUGAGGACUUUAAGGCUCUCCUUCAGAAGAAAGGUGGCAAGGGGGCCUCAGGCAUCCGAACGUCUGCAGCUGAACUUCUCAAGACCACCAAUCCCUUGGCUCGGAGGGUCAUGACUGAGUUUGCUGUGGAUGGGACAAUCCCAAGCUCCAAAAUCCAGCCCUGAGUUUCUUUAAAGAGCUGUCUUUGCAGUAUAUGCUCCUUAUCCUUCGUGUCCUCUUCCAAGCUGACCUUAGGAGUGAGUCUGUUCCCCCCUUGAAGCUUCAGCACCUGGGUUGAUUUGUUCCCUGCAGCCAAAAGUUUUUCUGGGU